AUGCUGGCAGCGUAUGAAGCUCAAAGAUGCAAGAUGAGCUUAAAAGUUCAUUUCUUACACUCCCAUAUUGACUAUUUUCCCGAAAACUUAAGAGCCUACAGUGAACAGGGUGAAAGAUUUCACCAGGAUGUCCAUGAUAUCGAGAGCCAUUACCAAGGAAAAUGGGAUGUCAAUAUGUUAUCUGACUACUGUUGGAUGCUCAAUCGAGAAACCAGAGAAGGAAAUNCAGUGUCACAGGGUAGAAAGAGUCAAAAAAGAAAAAAAAUCCCCUAUAAGAGUAAAAAAGUUAGUAAUUAUUCAAAAUUUUCAGGUUCAACAUCCAAGGGACUGAAACGAUAUAUGACUGAUGAAGAAAUUAAAGCAAAUGCAAUAAUAUUCCUUUUAGCAGGGUAUGAAACAACAAGUACAGCAUUAAGUUUUAUCACUUAUCUUCUUGCUAUUCAUCAAGAUGUGCAAGAGAAAUUAAGGAAUGAAAUAAAUGAAGUUGUUGAAGACGAGACUAAACUGGAUUAUAAUGCUAUUUCUAAGAUGAAAUUUUUAGAUCAAGUAAUUUCAGAAUCACUUAGACUAUACAGUCCUUCACUUACAUUCGUUACAAGAACAACAAAUAGAGACAUAAAAUAUAAAGAUUACUUAAUUCCAAAAGGCUUAGGAAUUCAAAUAGCACUUUGGUCUUUGCAUCAUAAUCCAGAAUAUUGGCCAGAUCCAGAAAAGUUCAUGCCAGAGAGAUUUUCUUCAGAAAACAAAUCUAAAAUUCAACCAAUGUCAUAUCAACCAUUUGGUUCUGGACCAAGAAAUUGUAUUGGAAUGAGAUUUGCACAAUUAGAAGUAAAAAUGGCAAUUGCCAGAAUCAUAAAAUCAUACAAAUUAAUUACAGAAGAGAAGGAAUUAAAAAUAGCAUAUUCAUUUGUGACAUCUCAUCCUAAGCAUGGAGUUAAAAUCAAAGCUGUACCUGUCUAAAUUGUUUCCAAUAGUAUACAAAAAAGCAACAUUGCUAACAAUUGCUGUAAAGAUAAUUUUUUAAAAAUUAUUGAUAAUAUAUGUAACUAUUGUGUAAUUGUCAAAAAUAUUUAAUAAAUAUCAAAUCAUUAAUUAAUAAAGCAU